UGCAGUAAAGCAUGUAGACCCCGAAGAAGCUUUCUACCUCCACCACCAUUGUACAAGGCGAUGAGUGUAAUAGUUGUUAUUAAACUGCCGCUUGGUAGUUGGCUAAGUUAGCUUGGCUAGAACAGCCAUAAAUCAACAUACGACCUGUAAAAUCAUUAUAAGAUACCACCCGGUUUAACUGUGGAAAUGCUGCCGUUCUCAUCGCUAUUCUUUUUCGACUUUAUGCUCGAGCACAGACAAUAAAGCGUUACAUAUUUCCACUAAGAGACGGCCAUGAUAUAACUCCUGCCUGCAUGUAAACAGUGUCCACUGUAGUAGCCCAUAACGCUGCCUGCUUUAUUAUAUUUUCAAAUGACUGAAUGUGUCCCUUUCCGAGGCAAAAUAAUACCUCACAUCAUAUCUUAACACUGAUUAAUACUAAUAAAUUAAGGUGACUUUACGUGAAACCCGUUUUUUCUUUUUUUACAUGAAUCUGUGGAACAUUUUGUUCAUUAGUCUGUAAGGACCCCUAAUAUUAUGAUUCGCUACUUUAAAACAGACAGGCUGCCCCUGAUUGGCCAGAGUUUUUCCUGCCGCAAAGCAAUUGGACAUUUCUUCAGUCGGUCAUGAUGUCAGUGACAAACGCCCACCUCUUCAUGCACGCUGACUGAAAUCAGGAGAUCUUCCAAUAUACAAAAGCUGACAUGGCUGUAACAGUUGAUCACAUCCGGGACAAACUAACCAAGGAGCUCGCGGCAGUGCACGUGGAUGUGGAGGAUACAUCACCGAACAGAUGUGCAGCCAGCUUCAAAGCCCUGGUGGUGUCAUCCCAGUUCGAGGGCAAACCACUGUUACAGAGACACAGGAUGGUGAACACGUGCCUAGCAGAGGAGCUAAAAGAGAUCCACGCUUUUGAACAGAAGACCCUCACACCAGAACAGUGGGAGAAACAGAAGUCCCAAUGACACACAUACACACACACAAACACACACACACUAUCACCCUCACAUCAGUUUAUAAUGUCCACUAUAAACAGGCCUUAGGUUCUUAUAUGAAGAAAAGACAGAUGAGAACUCUCUUUCAUCUUCUGUGAUUCUUUAAUGUGGAUUUCAAUCAAAUGGAAAGUUCUGCAAUAAAAGACUUUGAUGUGA